CUUAAGGCUACCGUGUGUACACUGUAUACGACCUGGACCGUUCGCUGACUCUUUCACACAACUUACCGCCGCUGGCAAUAAAACUUUACUGAUGGAAGCGCCAUCGGAUUCAGACUACGUUGACGAGUCACACAUACAAGCUUUCAUAAACGCCUUACAGUCGGACGACCUAGAUAGACAUGAUGCUUUAUCAACAGCUUCACCCCACACCGUUCCUAGCUCCCCUGUGCCACAGAGCCCUCGAGUGAGGAAGGUCUCUGCUCUAUCCGAUUUUGCUCCAAUCAACUUGAAGGUGAAGAGAAAACGAAAGGGGGAUAAGUCUACUGGUAGAAGGCAAGAAUGGUCGUUUCUCGUGCUCCGAUGGCCACUCCUUUUUUUGAUAUUUAUCCUCAUUGCGGCUCAAUUCGGGUUCUACAUUCUCAUUAGACAACUCGUGAAUACCAAAGAAUGGUUGCUAGCAUGGCGGGGACAGAAGGGCCUUCUGCGAAAGCGUCUUCGUGGGGCACGCACGUAUCAAGAAUGGAAGGAAACGGCAGCGAUGCUCGACGAAUUUCUUCUGUUUAAUCACUGGAAGAAGGUUGACGAAGAUGCGUUUUAUGAUUGGAAACUCUUGCGCAAGGUAAAACGGUCGCUGAAGAUUUUGAGAGAGAAGAAGGAUGUUCGCGGCGUUCUCGGUGUAUUAGAGACGUGUAUCAGAACCAACUUUGUGGGAGUCGAGUCCCCCAGGCUCUAUAGUGAAACUUUCCUGGGCACCAAGGACUUAAUCGAAUCAUACCAUACAGAGCUGCAAAGCGCGUUGCAAUUUGUUAGAGAGUCCUCGGAGCUCUCAAUUGAAGAGAAAAGGAGAUUCUUCAAGAAUGCUAGCACUAAUCUAGGCACAUCUGCCUUGUGUCUCUCCGGUGGCGCAUCUUUUGGAUAUUACCAUUUUGGUGUCGUGAAAGCCUUCCUAGAUGCAGGGCUGCUCCCCCGGGUUAUUGCUGGAACAUCCGCUGGUGGUCUUGUUGCUGCUCUGGUAUGCACGCGUACAGAUGCGGAACUGAAGACUCUUCUCGUUCCGGAACUCGCUCGUAAGCUGACGGCAUGUGAAGACCCUCUCACUGUAUGGGUCAAACGUUUUUGGGCCACUGGCGCAAGAUUUGAUAGUGUUGCGUGGGCUCGUAAGUGCACGUUCUUCACAAGAGGUUCCAUGACCUUUCGAGAAGCCUAUGUACGGACUGGGCGGAUCCUCAACAUUUCUGUUGUCCCUGCUGAUCGCCAUGCUCCCACGAAGCUUCUAAAUUACAUGACUGCGCCGGACACGAUAAUUUGGACGGCCCUGCUCGCUUCAGCAGCUGUACCUGGCAUUCUCAACCCAGUUGUGCUCAUGCAAAAGCUCAGCGAUGGUCGCAUAGUGCCAUGGAGUUGGGGUAGCAAGUUUAAGGACGGGUCUUUAAGGGUUGACAUUCCUCUUCAAGCUCUUAAAAUGUACUUCAAUGUUACACACCCGGUUGUGUCACAAGUGAACCCUCACGUCCAUUUGUUCUUCUUUGCGCCUCGUGGGUCGGCAGGAAAACCGGUAGCUCAUAGGAAAGGAAAGGGGUGGCGAGGCAAUUUUAUUCUGUCUGCGGCGGAACAAUGGCUCAAACUAGAGCUCACAAAGAAUUUCAAGGUGAUUCGUGAUCUGGAGCUUCUUCCGCAGUUGCUCGGACAGGACUGGUCCAGUGUCUUUCUGCAACGUUUUGAUGGGGCUGUCACGAUCUGGCCGAGAACGCGAAUUUUGGAUUGGUUGCAUAUCUUGAGCGACCCGGACUCGGCCGAGCUUGAACGAAUGAUGACAGUCGGGCAAGUUGUAACGUGGCCUAAGUUACAUAUGAUUGAAAAUCGGUUUCGUAUAGAAAAUGAGAUUCUCAUGGGUCGACAGGCAGUCCGCAUGGCAAUGGAUCGGGUUCGGUCUCGCACAAAUCCCGGCGACACCCGGAAUAUUGUUGUCAACGGCCAAGCCGUCCCCGAGCCCGUUACUGGCACUCGACUUCGUACAAGGUCCGAAUCGCCAAUACCCGUGGACUCGGACACCGAACGUGCAUUCGAAGACAAUGGCACGGCUUGGUACUUCCGCCGUGGUCGCCCGACAGCUGGCGCUCCACGAGAAUCUGAGACGAGUACACCGUAUGGAAACAACUAUAACAACAUUACCGACCCUUUACGUUCUCCUGAUCUGCGUCGCAAGUGGACGUCUGAUCUCCUGGAUCGCAAUGAUAGCGGAGCUGGAAACUCGUCUGCAAGCCCGCGUGCAGCCACGCCAGAACAGUCUACGGGUGAUCAAACGCAAAACGCUUCUAAUUCGUCCACAUUCUUCAGAAAACUUAGGCCGGGAACGUUGUCGAUACCAUUCUCGGGUUCUCAUAGACCUGCCAGAUCUAAUGGGAGGGGUCUGAGUGUAGAUGCAUCAGAAUUAGCCUGGAGUAGUGAAAGCUCGUCGGAGGAUGAAUUGGAUCAUCUCCAACCAGAGUCCACUCUUCACGUGAGGUCUGAAUUCAAUCAAGAGGCAGUUUCAGAUGGAGAAGGAGUAGAUUCAGACUGAUUCAGUGUUCCUAUUACUUGUAUAUUUUACACCGACUGUAGCCAUGACUUUCAUCAUGUAUUUCUGCACUCCCCCUCAAUGAAAUUACAUAGUUUGUACAUUGUA